AUGAAAUAGGACUAAAUUAUUAGCAUUCUUUCUCAGAAAUAGGCCCUUUUUGGCUACUUGAAGUAGAUACCAGGCUAUGGAAACUGCAUCAAUUUAUUCUAGGAUAAUAUUGCUAUCCUUGAAGCAAUUGCUAAGACAUUAAACAUAAUGGAUAAGAAUGAGAUGCCUAUCUUGAUAUCUAAAAAACUAUUAGAUGAUGAUUUCAGUCCCUUAUAUGUCAAUUUGAAAAGCAGCUAGAUAAAAAUAGUCAAUCUAAUCUUGACAGUCAUUCUGAAAUAUUAAAAUCAACUCAUCUUUAAUGAGUUGGUUGAUAAAAAUCUAAGCUAAUUGAUAGAUUUAAAAAUAGAUCUAUAAGAUUACUUUUAAAGUCACUUGCCUCUAUAUCAAAUAUUCGAUGAUUAAUAUCCCUAGAUUCAUGAAAGUGAUUUAGAAAUUAUUGAGGGAAUUAACCUAGAUAACCCAGUUGAUGUUCAUAGUAACUAUGAUAUGCUAUUUGGUUAAAAAUUAUCAGAGGGUAAAGAUGUGAGUUAAAUAAUGGUUGCUAUUGAAUAUUUUAUGAUUAAUCUACCUGAUUCACUUGCUUCAAAUUAACUUGAACUUAUAAAAACUCUUAGUAAUAGUGAUAGCUCUGAUUAUUUUGAAAGUGAAGUGUUGCAGACUAUUAUCAAAUUUAAAUGGCAGAGAUAUACUAAAUCAUUUUACCAAUUCUAAUUUAUGGUAUAUUUGUUAUUCAUGAUAUCCUUUAUCAUCGAAAUUUAUCACUCUACCUUCAAAGGUAAAACUUAGAUCGAUCCCGAAGAUGGAUCUGAUGCAAUUGAUGAUAGAAAGUCUUACUUAAUAAUUAUAAAUAAGGUCGUAAGUGCUUCAACUUUGUUUUUCUUUUUGACUUAUGAGCUAAGACAGAUCUUAAUCCAAAAGAAGCAAUAUUUCUUGGUAAUAUGGAACAUAAUAGACAUAACUUAGAUAAUUGCUUAUAUCACACUCAACAUUAUUGAGUUUUAAUCAAUGAACAUGGAUAGCUUAGUACUUUUAUUUGUGAUAGUGAUAGCCUUGUCAUUUCUAAAGCUAUAUUACUUCCUUAGAAUUUAUGAAGGCUUCAGCUUUCUUGUUCAGAUGAUAACAAAGGUCUUUCAAGAUCUCAAAUUCUUUAUUGCUUUUUUCUUGAUAUUUAUAGUGUAAUUUGGACUAAUAUUCACAGUUCUAUUUAAAGCCGCUCCAAUAGAUGAGUAUGAGGGUGUUAAUGCAUUUGGUUACUAUCUCAUGAUAUUUAGGAUAUCAGCUGGAGAUUUUUCAACAGACAAUUACAAAGAUCAAUCCUAAUACUUAGUCAUUAUCACUUGGAUAGUUUGGAUUAUUGCAGUGAUUUCUCUAAACAUUAUAUUUAUGAACUUCAUAAUUGCUGUGAUAUCAGAGUCAUAUGAAAAAGUUAUGCAGAAAAUUGUAGCAGAAUCUUACAAAGUUAAAACAUAGAUGAUCAGGGAAAGAGAACAAUUCUUUAGAUCGACUGACCUCGUAAAUGAUAAAUAUUUUCCUAAGUAUCUUGUAAUUCGUAGAUAAGUCAACUAAGAAAGCUAAGAAAAUGGUAAGCAACACAUAUUAAUUAUAUUCAUUGAAUAGGAGAAUGGCAAGGAUUUAUUAAAGAAAUAAAGAAUACAGUAAGAACUUCAGCAGUUAGAACAAAGAAUGAUUUAAUGUAAAGCUAAGCAGUUCUCUAGAAUUAGCUGA